AUGUCGCUAGUUCAUGCCAUGCUCCCGCAUCUGCCUUCCGCAACGGCCAUUCUGUUGCUCACCUCUAUUCUUGCGCCAGCCAACGCCCACGUGCUACCUCGCCAGACGUUGGUGAUUGACUACCGCCAACUCGACGUCCUCCCGUAUCCCCCGCUACCAACUGCGGCUUCGCUGUUGCCUCACGACCUGCUGAGGAGGCAAGAGGAGAACACGAUAUGCGGCUACGUCGGCGGCGACCCUGCCCUUCCCGCCACGUGCUCGGCCGGCUCGCACUGCGUUGUUGACCAGGGCGUAGGCGCCAUCGGAUGCUGUCCCAACGGCGCCGGCGCAUGCACGACGGGUGUCUUUACCGGCUGCGUUGACGCCAACAGCGGCCCCCAGACCGAGCUGAACCCCUACGUCUUCACUUGCGUCGGCUCCGACGUCUGCUACAGGAACACCUUUGAGGGCGGAAACUUCCAAUACGGCUGCGGCUCCGCCUCGGACAUGGCUGCCACCGUCGUAGCUACCGCUUCCGGCGUGACAGCCCCGCCUGCACUCGAGACUGUUUCGGCGCCCCUGACGGCCACGCCUAGCCAGCUGUCCGAGCCUACGACGCUCGGGUCUGUCUCCAGCGGCAGCCAGACAACGUCAACCGCAUCGUCGACAGACACCUCAUCCAGCAGCAGCGCGUUCAGCUCGGCGUCGUCUUCAACGUCGACAGACGAGUCGUCCUCUACCUCGGCAGCCGCUGAGUCCUCCACCGCCUCUGGCGAGCCCGUCACGGAAGCGCCAGAUGCGUCUUCCUCAGGUGGUGUCAACAAGACUGGGGCCAUUAUCGGAGGCUCCAUCAGCGGCGCCGCCGUACUCAUCGGUCUGCUUGUCGUUGGUCUCUUCUGCUGGAAGCGAAAGCGUGGCAAUAAACGCCAAGGACCUGGUACCAAGGAAAACAUUCGCUACAUCAGUCCCAUGACGGGUGCCUCUGGCUUCGCUCCUAUCGGAUCUGGUCGAGACACGUACGAGCAGGCCUACAUGCCGGGCCAAAACGGCAACCAGACAACCAUCAUCAGCAACAAGGGCAUGGCGCAGCCCGCCCAUCAUCCCACGGCCGACCUCGACCAGCCGUUCGGCUAUGGUCCCUCGGGCGAGGUCAUUCCCAUGCGCGCGACGCACAACGCCCAGGGCGGCAGCGGCAACGAUGACCAGGUGCCGCUGACGCAGGAGUACGACGAAUUCUCGCGCGGUUUUAACGACGCUCUGACGCGCAUCGACGAGGAGGACAGCCGGCCCGCGACGGCUGUCAACAAUAGCAGCAUGAGCGGCAGCGGCAACGCCUUCACUCCCUCCGCCGAGGACGAGGCGGACCUGUCGCCCACGCGACGCUACGUCCGGGGGAACGGCGGCGGCCCACUGUGGCAGCAGAACCGCCAGCAGAGCAGCCGUAACAUGAUGUGGAUGUAA